AACAUACAUACGAAAGUGCCAACUCUUUCUUUUGGGACACAGUUAUUAACACUUGUUAUCAUACAAAAUAAAUCUAAUUAGAAUUUUGAAAAUUGUCUGCGUGGCUAAUUUUUCAAUUGUUGUGCAUGGUGUUAGUAGAGUGGGCGCAAAAAACAAUAAUUCAAUAAUUGUUUUAUUAUUUUCACUAGAUUUUAUAAUUUAAGGAGAAAAUGGUUUUGAAAAUACAUUUCACACUAUUACUGGUGUGUUUGGCGGCACUAGCCGCACAAACCAUGGCCGCGAUAGACGAUGCAGAUUCUUGUUACUCAUUUGCCGGUGGUUCUGUAUAUCCAGCUGAAGCGCCUAAGGGUGAUCACACAUUGCAAACAACAAAAGCAGUUAUUUCAAAAACAGCUCCUCCAUUUGAGGGCACUGCCGUCGUUAAUAAGGAAAUUGUUAAGUUGUCCUUAUCACAGUUUACUGGCAAAUACGUGGUAUUACUAUUCUAUCCAUUAGACUUCACUUUCGUAUGCCCAACUGAGAUAAUCGCCUUCUCGGAUCGGAUUAAAGAAUUCCGUGAAAUUAAUACCGAAGUUAUUGCCUGCAGUGUUGAUUCUCAUUUUACCCACUUGGCAUGGAUAAAUACACCACGUAAAGAGGGUGGUUUGGGCAAUGUUAAAAUACCUCUACUCUCGGAUUUGACGCAUAAAAUUAGCAAAGACUAUGGCGUUUAUUUGGACGACUUGGGUCAUACAUUACGUGGUCUCUUUAUUAUCGAUCAACGUGGUGUUUUGCGUCAAAUCACUAUGAAUGACUUGCCAGUUGGUCGCUCAGUUGAUGAAACAAUAAGAUUAGUGCAGGCCUUCCAAUAUACCGACACUCAUGGAGAAGUAUGCCCGGCUGGUUGGAAACCUGGUGCCGAUACUAUUGUACCAAAUCCCAAAGAAAAGACCAAAUAUUUUGAGAAAAAUAAUUAAACAUGGAAUAAAUAAAAUUCCUUAAAUACAGCAUCAUUGUGACAAAUGCAUUUUUGUGCAUUUCUUUUAAUGUAUUUUUUACUAUCUAUAUAUUUCCAUCUUUUUUGAAUAAAAAACUUUAAAUUUUCCUUAA